CCGAAACGACUAGGUUCCCGUCAAAUAGCGCGGAGACCAAAAUGUCAGUUUCUAGAGAGUUGAAGACCUUCGAAGGAUCUGUAGAAGAAAAACUUUUAAGGACAGCAUUGAAAGAUCUUGAAUUCUAUGAUUUUGCGAAUCUUGUAAUUGAAACUUGUAACGUCUUGAAACCGGUCCCCUUUGUAAACGCAGAUGUUGUUUUACAGUCAAUGUAUUUAGAACUGUCCAAAGAAAAAGCUUACAGUGCAGAGACUUUUGAGGAGCUGGACGUAGGCAACACCGAUGUUGGAUACACCAUUGUUGCAUAUGACCAACUGUUUAAUACAGAGAUGGUGAAAGAAUUGAUUGAUCACGGUAUAUGUGCAGUGCCUGAAGAGUGCAAGCCAGCUGUUCUAGCAAUGUUGAAAUUUCUUCGUGAUAAAAAGCAUCACCAAGAAGCUUUGUCUGAUAUGAAAGUAGUAGGGGAUACAGCAACAUUGACAGCUGUGAUGGCACAACAUCUGUUCUCUCCCUUGAUUGCAGGCAAUGAUUAUGUGAUAGAUAAUAGAUCAGAAAACCUCCCAAGAUGCAUGUAUUGUCCAUGUGAAAAGGAAAAUUGCAAGGCAUUGAUGAACAGUGGAUGCACAGCAUUAGGUUCACCAGAGACUUGGCAUGGUUAUGUAGAUAUUAUUUUGAAUCAGAAUGUAGCAGCUUCACUCUUGGAAUGCCCAUCGAAAGAGGAAACCAAACACUUCGAGCAUGAUGAUUAUCCGGAUGAUUGCGAGGAGGACGACCCUUCAGAUUUUUUUGAUGAUGAUUUUACAGCAGAAGAGGUAGGCCCAACAAGAAUAAAGAGAAUCUGCAUGGAAAACAAUGACACAGAAGAAGGAGACACCCUUAGUAUGACUUCACAGCACAAAGAGGACAAAUCAAUGAAAGCAAUGGACCAGCUUAUUGCACAAACUAUAACAAACGCCUUCACCCAAGUCAAUAAGACACCAGCAUUAUCUGGUUGGCUUAUACCAACUAUUAGUUGCACUCUGGAUCAUGUGACUGCACUUUUCUAUGAUCCAAAAAAUGAUGUGUUGUUUCAGAGUGUGGAUCGAAUUCCAAUUUGGGGAUUUAAUGGUCUCCAUAUUCCAUCCAUUGUCCAGAUCUGGAUGUUUCUGAACUUCACAUUUUUCACAUUUAAAGACCUUGCAGAUAUAUACGAAUUGAAUAGAUCGAACUUUCAUAGUCAUGCUAAAAACAGAUUAAAAGACUUUAGGAAAAUGAAAUGUGGAAAUGCCUUAAAUUUUAUUUAUGAUUUUGAUUACCAUAGUGAUGUAUUGACAAAAAUGAGAAAGAAAGGGAAAAAAGCUGAAAAAAAGCAAAGAGAACAUUAAUGUUUACAAAUGGCAUUUUUUGGCCUAGGUUACAAUAUAUGAUUUGGAAAACUUUUGUACAAAGGGUUAUCAAAUUGAUUUGUUGGCUUCUUAAGCAGUAUUUUCAUUGUAUUGCAUGUUCUUUUUCUACCUGUUCUUCAGUGUGGUACGAGAGAUGCAAAAAAAUAUUUUUUUACGAAUAUCAUGUUAACAUGGUUAUAUUAUUAUGAUGGCUUAAUACUAUGCCAAUAUUUUAGAGCAGUUUAUAGUCGAAAUAAUAUGCACAUCCUUUCUUUAAAGCUAUUAACAUGAUUUACUGGUUUUUAAAAAUAUCAUUCAUAGAUGACCAAAAAUGUCCAACAGUUAUGUAAAGUAUAAUUUGAUUUUUUUUUAAUUUUAAAAGUUGCAAUAUAGAUCAUCCCUUUACAUCAAAUUGGCUUUAAAACACACAUGCAGUCUUCUGAAAAAUCAUCAUUAAUUGAGGCCUCCUGGGCAAUUCAAGGUUUAACAUAAAUUGUUUUCAUGUAUCCAUUUUAAAAAAAGUAUGAAUCAUGAAUGGUGUACAGUAAUAUAUGUGCAUGUAAAUACCAUGCUUGCACAAGUCUCUCUGUUUAGUUGCAAGCACAUUCUUUAUCCCCCCCCCUCCUCCCCCCCCAAACAAAGUUUAGGGGUGUAUAUUGGAAUCACCCUGUCUGUCUGUCCAUCCAUCUGUAGACACAAUCCACCCCAUAGACUUCUUUACUACUGCAUGGAUUAGUCUGCUUUGAUUUGGUUGAAAAUGGUUUUCUUUAGGGGUGUCCAUUUCAACUGUUACCCUCCCAAACAGGCACUAUUUUUUUAAUGCUAAAUAUGUUUUAUUUGAAAGUGUGCUUUGAAUAUUCUCUUUACUUUUCCAAAUGCAUAUUUAUUUUUCAGAUUACACUUCUUAAUCAUUUUUGAAAAAUAUUUUACCAAGCUUAUAUUGUCACAUAAUCCUAUGAGAUGAUUUACUAUUAUAUUUUGUUUGAUUGGUAAAAUGUACAUAGUUGUAACUUAGUCAGGGACCCAUUGACCCUGCUAUGAUAAUUUAGUCAUAUAUUUGUCUUUUCUCAGACCAUAUCUUGUGGUGUAUUGAUAAGUAAGACAGCAACAAAAAGUAUCAAAUUUUAAAUAGUCAUUUAUUUACAAAGUAAAUGACAAAAAGUAAAAUAUAUACAUCACCAGGAGGGUAAAAGAGACUAGAAAAAGAUAUUGUCAUCAUAAAAUCAUGAUGCCAUUUAUAAAUAUCAUAAAAUAUAACACAUACCUAAUUAAAAAUUGCAUUGAUCGUAUUUUGUUUUGUUGUUUUCAAUGAAGCC